AUGACACAAACAACUGAACUAAUCAAGGACCAAACAGUCAAACAACGAAUUAGAAAUGAGGUGAAUUUCUUGUCGUAUCGAGAUUGGAAGAAUAUUAUUAAGCCAGACUAUUCGAUUUGGGAGGAAAGCAACGACGCAUGGACUUCCUUAAGUGUCCCACUGCGGUACUAUGGAUUCACACAAAUUCAAGGCCACCACAGAUUGUUGGCGACUGCUAUGAUGGAAGAGAAGUAUUACAAAGAUACUAAAAGAGCCGAAUUACUGAGAAAAAGACACAGGACCUAUCAACUUUAUUUGAGAAAUUGUUCUGAAAUGAAGAGAAAAGGUACUUCGUCCAAGUCAUUUGGCAGGACAACAAAAAGUGAUCGUCGACACAUCGACUGCAACUAUGGCGUUCAGUGA